CACUUUGGUGUCCAUUUUACCAUUCUGCAUUCCAACUAAAAUCAAAUGUCUGUUGUUUCAAAGUCUAGUGCUACAGUGCGCAAAAAAGCCCAUGAUAGACGCACUGUCUUCAAGCAUGCUCUGGAAAAACCUUAUGCAACGUCAUGGCCAGAGGUUGACGGUGACAUGCAGUCCGCCAUUGUGAGUGACAUAUGCGCUACACUGUCGGCUCAUGAGGAGACAUUCCAGCGUGCAAAGCAUGCAAUUAAGAAGGAGCAAGAUUGUGCCAGGUCAGCAGCCAAAAGAGCUAGCCAACUGGACAAGAAGUGGUCAAAGGAUCAGAGGGCACAGCUGGUGAAGGAUGGCAAGCUCCAGAAGGACAUUGAGCAGCAGAUACGUUCGGCACUAGAGGAACGGCGGAAAGCGAGAGACAAAAGUAUUCGCAGUAGGAGAGACGAGCUGGAGGCAAAAAACGAGCACGUCCGGCAAAUGCGCGAGAUCCUUGAGCAAGUAGUCGUUGGCAUCAACAAAAACACACGAGUACUUGAGAGGAUGGCUGCAGAGGGUGAAGGGUGUACAUGCAAGCUAGGCCUAGUCGUGGUGUGCCGAGGUGAUGUUGACAUACAGCUUGUGAGCCAUCUGCAGGGGCUGGCACAUGCGGCAUUCGUUGCUGUUGAAGGAGAACCGGCAGCAGACACAGAUAUUGCUGGGCUGCGCAUGGUCGGUGUUGGCAAGGGAUCCGAGAAGCAGCUGGCGCUGGCGAUACACCAGCCGCGCGCCUCUGUACUGGGCAUCAAGGCUGGCUCUGAGCUUUUCAAGGACCUCUUGGCCAAAGUACCAAAGACGUUGCCCCCACCAGUGCUGGCAUGGGUCGGUGGUGGUGAGAGAGGGCUGGUGAAGAUGGCAGUGCGUGAGAUUAGGACAACCGCACCUAUUCUUAAUCGAGGCACAAAGAACAAGCGCGAGGAGACUAGCGACGAGGGAAAGCAGGAAACCAAGGACGCGAAGAAGAGGAGGCUGACGAAGAAAAAGAAGCAGCUCCAGAAGAAAAAGAAGCAGCUCCAGAAGAAAAAGAGAAAGCCGGCAAGGCUGAAGGCAGAGAAGACGACGUCAGCACCCAAGCCCAAAGAGGGUGAAGGGAAAUAGGACAGAUAGCCAAGGUAUUCUGCCAUCAUUUGGAUUAUUUUGCAAUAUAUGUUGGC